UUCACAAGCAUCAUGGGCGUACGCGCAAGUACGAGAGGAAGCUGCAAGUGCAAUAUCGAUUUUAAACAUCAUUGCUUUGCUUAAACAUUCAAGAGUUUGCUGACUGAUUUCAUUCAAAGCUCUGGUCAUUUACAUCAGCAUUACGUAGUAGGUGAGACACUAUGGAGAUUUAUGACAAAAACCCUUCUUCCGACAACGUCCUUCCUGUUGUCAUUGUUGGUAAUGGACCAUCAGGUAUUUGUCUGUCUUACUUGCUGUCGGGAUAUACGCCUUACCUUUCGCCCAACGGCUUCCAUCCCAACCCCAUUUUGCAAAGCAAACUGUCAGAGAAUCCCCAUCUGUCUCUGUUUGACCAGGAUCUAGAGUACCUGUGUGAAGGUGUAGAGGGUCGUUCAUCCAACCCUGUGGCCGUGCUUUUCGAUGCCCUCCUCCUCCCUGAUGGUGACUUCGGAGUGGACAGUGCCUCACCGCUGAUAUGGCGGUACGAGCCGCAAAGGGCCAUCCCGCACCUUGUACUGGGGAAGGGGCCACCUGGUGGAGCCUGGCAUGCAAUGGAGGGCUCGAUGUUGACUCUCAGCCUGGCUAACUGGAUGGAACUUCCAGGUUUGAAGCUGAAAGACUGGAUGCGAGAUAAACGAAGGAAUUUACGUAACGACCGAGCCACGCCAGCUGAGAUUGCAUCCUACUACCAGUACUAUGUAAGCAAAAUGGGACUGGAGAAAAGCUUUGCUUGCGGGACCACUGUAACCUCAGUCCAUCAGGUUUCCCUUGAAUCUGCCCGCUCCAUCUGGAAGAUCCAAGGCCUUCAGAGGAGAGCUAAGGGUGAAGCAAAAGAAGAGAUAGAAGUUCCAUUCUCAGUUUAUGCAGAUAAUGUGGUGCUUGCCACAGGAACCCAUGACAUCCCAGCACGUCUUGGCGUGGAGGGCGAGAAUCUUCCCUUUGUGUGCCACAGCUUCUGGGAACUGGAGGCUGCCAUUUCCUCAGGCCGUUUGGACCACGCCUCAGAGCCGGUUCUUGUGGUUGGUGCUGGGCUGACAGCGGCAGAUGCCGUUCUUGCAGCUCACCACUUGAACACGCCCGUAUAUCACGCCUUUCGGCGACCUGUGACCGAUCCGGCACUCAUCUUCAACCAGCUUCCCAAACUCCUCUACCCUGAGUACCACAAAGUGCACCAAAUGAUGAGCCAGCAGCAACAUAAACUCGGAGAGGCGUUGGAAAAUCUGUCCAACCAACCUCUCACCUCACCUGCCGAUGGCACAAGCCCUUAUACCAGUUACCCUGGUUACCUCAGUUUCCCUAAGCAUCGCGUGGUUGCCUUCAAACCUGAUGGCAAGUGCAUGCUAGAGGGUGAGGGAGGGCUACAAACAGUGCUGCAGGUGUCAAUGGCACUCAUUUUGAUAGGUGCACAUCCCAACCUAGCGUUUCUCUCAGAACAUGGUCGCCCGCUGGGGCUAAACCCAGAAAAGCCAAUCAGCUGUCGGCGGAAUCCAUUAGACGUGGAUCUGUACACGUACGAGAGCGUGAAGCAGCCAGGGAUAUAUGCAAUGGGACCACUGGUGGGUGAGAACUUUGUGCGGUUCCUGAAAGGCGGAGCUUUAGCCAUUGCAUGUGACAUCGCCCGUAAACAGAAGACGAAACAACAAAGUGCAACAGAAACUUCCAUCACCAACUCGUUAAACAUUCAGCUGACCAACUGCACCUUAGAAGCAUGAAAAGACAUUGAGAGUACAAAGAUGGAAAUACUUUUAAGGAGUAAAGGAGUGGAUGAUGUUCUAUGUUCAGCAGGUAUCUGCUCAGCUUCCUCCUCCCAUCACUAUAGAACUACGAAACAGAGUAGUACCCACAUAGUGGGAUUUCCCCGAAUUACGGGGAGAAAGGCAUUAGAACCAGAUUGCCGUUCUGACAUGUAAUUCAGUCUGCAAAUGCACUGACACAGAUUUUUAUUGUCAAUGACUAACUAAUGUGGCUGUAACUAAACAUUAAUCUACGGACAGAAGGUAGGUGCUUUAAGACUUCAGGGAGUUUCUUGUACAUGGCUGCUCAUUCGAAACACUACUCACGUUCUCUCAGCAAUCAUGUUCUGUUGUGCCAAAUUAACAUUUGUACUUGUUGUGUUUUCAGAUCUAACAACCAUUUUCUUCAUGUGAGUAAAACUCAACUAAACUUUGCCAAGCAAAUGCUGCUGUCGUAACGCUGUUGGUACUAACAUGCUUAUUUCCUUUGUAGAUGAAUGUAUUAAAGAUAGUGGACCUGUUUGUAAGAAAUCACUGAAAUCUAAGCACAGCAUUGCUGUUGUGAAAUUUCCAUGUAGAAGAUGAAAUGCAGUGUGAUUUGUAAGAUUAUGAUGGAACUUUUUGUAUAUUCAUAAUUCUCUUUCAACAGUGUCCAUUUGAGUUCAUGAACUUCUUUUACAUUUUAAUAUUUUGUAUUAUCUUUAUUUGAAUGAUUUUUGUCUUCCAUACAUUGCCUUCCCAAUUACACUGCCCUACAAAGCCAAAACACUGUAACUACGGCAACACUGAAACUGAGGAUAAAUUGCUUUAGAGGAUUUUGAAUUGUCCAUCCAAAUGUGGAUUAUUAAAUUUCUCUGAAUUUGAGCAUAGUUGAAUAAAAUCCAUCUGUGACAGGACAGAUCAUAGUCGGUCUGAUUUUUUUUAUUUUUAUAUAUUUUUUUUAACAAUGUUUAGUUACUACAUUUUGCCUUUGCAGGGCAAUACAGCAUACCGCUAUAGUGAUCCCAUUGGUUAUACCAGCAAACUCGACUUGAAUGUCUAAAGUGAGGGCUCUUAAUAGUUAAUGAAACUUUGAGAUGUCCUUGUUUCAUGCUGCUCUUACUAACUCAAAAGCCAAAACCUCAGUGAGUUCAGGCUGCACUUACAAAACUGACCAUAAGAGGGCCUUUGCACAGCAAUGAUAAAGCUAGCUACAUUACAUCAGACUCAAUUAUCCAUGUGGAACAACUAUAAUUAUGACAUAAUAAGAAUGAAUGAAUAAAUGAUGUGUACUACAUAACAUGCUUAAUAACGCCGAUGUGUUAACUGAUGUGGUUCAAAAUUGACUCAGCCUCUGAGAUUGCCUUGAGGACUUUUUGAUGCAAUAAGUAAGUUAUUAUAGGUAAUGAAUUUCCUGUAUUUUCUUUAAAUGUUGUGCGAUGUAAUAACAUGCAUAUCUUGUUCCUUCAAGAGUGAUUUUAGACUCCAUUUUGACAUUUUCUUUUUUUAUAAAAAUGAAUUCUUCUGUAUUAUUUGGCUGUAAUUUGUGACCCCUGGCAGCUCUGAAUUGGACAUGUUUGUAAAAAAAAUGUUACUUUUCUGAAAAUAAAAAAGACGUAAAAGAUGUAUUAUUUAUCUACAUCGAUUGUUGUUGUCUAACACUAUUUUAAAAAAUAAAAAUGAGUCAGAAAAAGUAA